UCAGUCGGGAGGCAGCGGCGGCAGUGGAGGAGGAGGUGGAGGAUGUGGGCCACGCACGGACUGGCGGUGGCGCUGGCUCUGAGCGUGCUGCCUGAAAGCCGGGCGCUGCGGCCGGGCGACUGCGAAGUUUGUGUUUCUUACCUGGGAAGAUUUUACCAGGACCUCAAGGACAGAGAUGUCACAUUCUCACCAGCCUCUAUUGAAAAAGAACUUAUAAAGUUCUGCCGCGAAGCAAGGGGCAAAGAGAAUCGGUUGUGCUAUUAUAUUGGGGCCACAGAUGAUGCAGCCACCAAGAUCAUCAAUGAGGUGUCAAAGCCGCUGGCCCACCACAUCCCUGUGGAGAAGAUCUGUGAGAAGCUCAAGAAGAAAGACAGCCAGAUCUGUGAGCUGAAGUAUGACAAGCAGAUCGACCUGAGCACAGUGGACCUGAAGAAGCUCCGAGUUAAAGAGCUAAAGAAGAUCUUGGACGACUGGGGAGAGACGUGCAAAGGUUGUGCAGAGAAGUCUGACUACAUCCGGAAGAUCAACGAACUGAUGCCUAAAUACGCCCCCAAGGCAGCCAGUUCACGGACUGAUUUGUAGUCGCCCUAUCCCUGCUGCACCUGAGGGAAAGAAAUAGUUCAGCUGUGUCUUCCCCAAACUGCAGUUUUGUAAUUUAUUUUUUGGGCCGGCUCCUGACAAUGUCAGGUGUGAAGCCUGGAGCUUUCCUGAUGAUGCUGGCUCUCCAGCGCCCUGUGGGAAGGGUUUCACUACCUUCUGUUGCUGGUUUCCUCUGGGACUUCAAAGUGUGUCUGGGAUUUUUUUAUUAAAGGAAGAAAAUUUCUAGCUGUCCUUGGAGAAUUAAAGUGAAUACCGAAAUAGAGUCUUACCCCCAAUGAAGAUCCUACCGAUUUAUGCUUUCCGGUUUACAAA